AUGGCCAACUGGACUAAAGCCAUGCAACGAUUGGUGGCUUUGAUAAUGGAACGAACGCCACCAAUAGCACAACAUAAUGUUGAUGGAAGUUUGAUCGGCAACAUGGUUCCGUUGUCGCCUAUGCCGCUUUUACAAUGUAACCCACCACUGGUUCGUGUGUUGGAGGAGAUUGCCAGGAAUGCAUGGGUUCAAUAUGACUACUCUAGAAGGCUUGAAGAGAGUCUUGAUGUUCUGAAAACUGAAAUGCGAGAGUUGAGCAACCAGGAGGCCGAUGUAAAGAACGAACUGAACAUAGCGAAGGUAAUGCAUGGAAAGAAGCUAAAGGCAGAGGUGAGUUUAUGGCUGAAAAAUGUGCAAAAGACUACAAGCGAAGUGACUAAGAUAGAAGAGGAUUCUAGAGAAGUAGGGAGAGAUUUCUCACUCUCUCGUGUAGCAUUGGGAAAGCUUGUAGUAAAGAAGAUUGACGAGGUGGUGAAGCUCAAGGAGAAAGAGGACUACCUAUUCACUGAUGAAGAACUGAUAAAGUAUUGGAUAGCUGAUGGAUUGAUAAAUGAUAUGGGAGGCUGGGAAAAGGAACUCGACAAAGGCCAGACAAUAUUGAAUGGACUGAUAGAUGCAUGUAUGUUGGUAAGGAGGUUUGGUGAUAGUGUAGUAAUGCAUGAUUUAGUCAGAGAUUUGGCCAUCGGAAUUACAAGGAAGAGCCCUCAGUUUGUGGUUAAAAUUGGGAAGGGGAUAAGGGGAUCAAUUGGUGUAGAAGCAUUUACUGAAGAGGUUGAAAAAAUCUCAUUAACGAGAAAUGAAAUUGAAAUGCUUUCAGACCAACCCAACUGCCCAAAACUUUCCACAUUGUUGUUGCGAGAUAACCCUCUCUUAGGCAACAUUUCUGAUGAGUUCUUCAAUCGCAUGAACAGCCUAAGAGUUCUCGACCUCUCUAAGACUGGUAUUGAGUAUCUACCAGAGUCAGUUUCCAACUUAGAGAACCUGUAUAUGCUCUUAUUAAAUAGUUGUAAGAGGUUAAGGGAGGAUGAAGUGGUGCCGAUAGGAGACAACAGCAUCAUAACGCCUUUACUGUCAAUACGGACUCUGUUUCUAAUGGAUCUUCCGAAAUUUAUGGGGAUGUGUGAGGGAGUUUUGGUGCCUCCCUCAUUUGCAUGCCUUAAACUCCUGACAGUCUGGAGAUGCCAAGUAUUGGAGAAUGUCUUUUCACUUGAAUUGUUUCAGUACCUCCAAUGCCUCGAAUCCAUCAGCAUUGAAGAAUGCAGUGAGAUGGAGGAGGUGAUAAAAGGAGGAGAAGAAGGUUAUAACAACAAUAAUAAGAAUACCAUCAUCCUACUCCCAAACUUGAGGGAGUUGCAUUUGAUAAAUUUAGGGAAAUUGAAAAGCGUUUGUAAGCGGGUAAUCAUUUGCCCUUCCUUGAAUGCGAUUUCUAUAGAGGGUUGUCAUCAGUUGAAGAGGAUCCCUCUUUACUCUGGCAACUCAAAAUCUUUUGUGGAAGGAGAUAUCUAUGGAAGCAAAGAGUGGUGGGAUGCAUUGGAGUGGGAUGAUCCCAACACCAAAACACUCCUCCUACCUCUUUUUAUACAAGUAGAAGAACAAGGACAUCGAAUAUUGAAAAGAAAUGCAGAAGAGGUAGAAGAGCCUGCAUCGACGACACAGCACCAAUAA